AAUGGUAAGAUCCUUUAGUUCGUGAGUUACAAGUUACGGUCAUCCUCAAGCUCGCGCAUGACACGUUUCAACUGAAGGCAGUUGCGUUAUCUCCAGGUCCAUUCAGAGAACCACUACAUCAAAUCAGUCCUAGUUUUCUCCAUCAUCCUCGUCUCCAGCUAAACAUGUCCACCGGCUCCAUCAGCGAAGUGGAUGAAUUUCACGAGUCCGAGCUGCUGGAUGGUCUUUUGAAAUUCGGUUCCGGUAAAGACCCGGGGACAUCAAACGAGAGCACGGAGGACAGCUCCAACUGCGAAGGGGCAUCGGUGACCGAAUGUACGGGAAAGAGGCGCAAAUCAGCCGCCAUGCGCAAAUCAGCGGCCAAUGGUGUGGCCCAAGAGGGCAAGCACGUCCAGAGGAACGCAGCGAACGCGCGCGAGAGAGCGAGGAUGCGCGUGCUGAGCAAAGCCUUCUCCCGGUUGAAGACGACUUUACCGUGGGUUCCACCGGACACCAAACUCUCCAAGCUGGACACCCUGCGACUGGCCUCCAGCUACAUCGCCCACCUGCGACAGAUACUCGCCAAUGACAAAUACGAGAAUGGCUACAUACAUCCGGUAAACCUGACGUGGCCGUUUAUGGUGGCGGGCAAACCAGAAAAUGAACUUAAAGAAAUGCUGAAUUCUACACGUUUAUGUGGGACUACAGCUUCCUGAGACAACAGAUGGACUUAAAACAUGGACCUGUUUUAAAUAUUUUAGUUAAAAAGAAUAACAUGUCAUCUCCUAUCCAAACACACGAGUGGGAAUAACUGGGGACAACAUCCUCACUCGCAUUCCUGUAAAGAGAAAUUGAAAUCUAUUUAAAUAUUCACACUUGGGCCUUGCUGGUUCAAGGCAACAAUGUGAUUUUUUUUAUUCCGCUGUUUUUAUAAAUAUUCUGUCAUCACUUUUUUAUUAUUAUUAAAAAACACCAGAAAUCAUUA